AUGAUAACAUGGCUUAGCUUAGUAUGCUCUGUAGAUUGCUUAUAUUUUCAUAUGAAGGAAAGCUCCAAGAAAUGUUUUAUUGAGGAAAUACCGGAGGAAACGAUGGUCAUGGUCAACUACCGUGUUCAGAAAUUCGAUGAACAACAACAAAAAUAUCUAGAAGAUAGUCCUGGCAUUGGAAUCCAUGUUGAUGUUAAAGACCCUAGCAAAAAGAUGCUUCUCAAUAAAUUUUAUGAAGCUAAAGGCAGGAUAACUUUCACUUCACAUACUUCUGGAGAGCAUGUAAUCUGCUUAUAUUCUAACAGUAGUCGCGGUUGGUUCAACAGCGGGAAAUUGCGUGUCCAUUUAGCAAUGUCCAUUGGCGAGCAUGCCAACGAUUAUGGUAAUAUGGCCGAGAAACAAAAGCUAUCAGAUUUGCAGAUACGCUUAAGGCAGUUAAUAGAUCAAACCGAUCAAAUUGCUAAAGAACAGGGAUACCAAAGGUCUAGAGAAGAAAGAUUUCGAACAACUAGUGAUAGUACCAAUACCCGUGUAUUGUGGUGGUCAGUUGCACAAACGUUGGUUCUUAUCGCCACUGGGAUAUGGCAGAUGACAAAUUUGAAAAGAUUUUUUGAAGCUAAAAAACUCGUGUAA